UUCGAGCAGAAGUGCAGAACACGCUUGGCCUCAACCAGGGAAAAACCCUAGCCGCCACCACCGCCGCAGGGAGGAGCCGUGUUUGCCGCCGUCCGUCGCAGUCAGGGGCUUGUCUCCUCGAGUCUUCGUGCGUCACAGUUAGGGGAGUUCUCCAAGUCUUCGAUCUGUUCGCAGUAACCAGUCGCAGGCGCACUGCUUCUUCCUUGAGCUCGGCCGCCGUCGUGUUGUCGCCGUUGUUUGUCGCUGUUUUGUCGCCAUCUGUAGCAGUCAGGGGUUUGUCACCAAGGAGUCUCUCUUCGUCUGUUGGCAUUAUCCAAGUCAAACCCCCUGUUCGCUGUCUUUUUCCUCGCUCGGCGCCCAUCCUCCAUCGGAUUCGUCCUGCUUGCCGUCGUCUUGUCGCCGUCGCCCUCUCGAAGGAAUUUCAGGUUGAAUUUCUGAGGUUGGUGGAAAUGGAAGCUCUGACAUUUUUGUCAAGCUGAAUAUGCAAUCCUCUGCACCAAAUUGUGGGAGACAUUAAUGGGCAAGUGGGGCUGCACCAAUUAGAUUCAAUACAUCUAAUGUGAUCAAGUGGAAGGAAGCAAAACUGCAAAACAAAACCAGGGGUUGCAAAAUACAAAAAUAAAUUGAAGUCUUCAAGUUUCAGGUAUUCAGGUAUUCUUAAUUCUUGUAUGAACUGAACUAUGAACUCUUCACCUAGUUUGGCGCCUGCGCUUCACAGUCAUAGCUGGUCUUCACUUCACUUCUCCAGAUGUUAUGGCUGAUAUUGAUCCCCACACCUUGACUUGCCACGCCUGCGGAAACGUCGGCCUUGUCGACGGCGAUGACGGAUUUUUCUACUGCAACCGCUGCGGUUCCCGCUCCGAGGAUGUUGUCGACACCGCCGUCGACGACAACGAUCUCUACAAAAGCGGCGGCGCCUCCGCCGGCAUAUACCUUGCCACCCAGCAGCGCUAUCAAACUUCAACCGUCGGAAUCAAAGCGGAGCCAAUCUCUCAGUACGACUCACAAUCGGUUCUCCUCCGCAACCUCGGGUUGGACGACGACGACAACCAAACCCCUGGCCGGAGCAACGCCGUCGAGGUGAAGAGAGAGGAGGAGAAUUACGCUCCGCUUUUCGGCGAUAUUCACUCUGUUCCCGAAGAUUUUGCUGACGUGGCUGGCGCCAAUGUUCUGAGCUUUGAGGAUUACCAGAAUGAAGUUAGGAUGAGGUACGUGUUAGGGUUGCAGAUUAUGGUUCAGCUUCAGUGUGAGGCGUUGGUUAAGGAGUUCAAGGUUACGCCUUUGAUUUGCGGGUUGAUGCAGCCCAUUUGGUUGAGGUUCGUGUUCGGAACUGGUGUCUUCAAUGAUGAUUGGGCUGAUCAAGUUAUCCAUGACUCUGAGAUGCAGCAUGAAGAAGAAGAACCCAAAGAUCGUAAGACACGGGCUAAAUACAGAGAUGAACCCUACAAUUUAUAUGGUCAGCGUGCCGUGAUGAUAUGGUUCAGGGCCUUAAAGAAAAGGAUUCCACCAUCCUGUACUCUUGCUGUUUCUUUUCUGGCAUGUCAUGUUGCAAGGGAACCUGUCCUGCCGUCUGACUUAAUCAAGGGGACACUGGAAGCGAAGAUUCCGUAUAUUUCUGCAUUUGUUGAAAUUGAAAAGCGUCUUGGACGGCCAUCAAGUGCAUGUCCUAUUAGUUCAAGUGUGAUGUUCAAGCCUCAGCGAGUUCUUAUGGUGCUGAAACUAGAAACAUUUGCUGCAUCAAUUGCUCAGUUCAUAGGCUUGGAGUUACCUCCUGUGAAUUUCUUUGGAAUAGCACGUCGAUAUCUUCAGAGAUUAUCUCUUCCUUCUGAAAAGAUUCUUCCUCAUGUAAGCCGCAUAUAUGAAUGGGCCAUGCCUCCAGAUUUGUGGUUAUCCUUAUCCGAAAGACAUUUUAAGCUACCUAUUCAUGUUUGUGUGAUGUCAAUUCUGGUUGUAGCAAUAAGAAUGUUGUUUAACAUAAAUGGUUCGGGAGAAUGGGAGAAAAGUUUGUCCAACAAAGGUAAUACCAAAGACAAUGGGGAAGUUUCCCCUGUGGUCAUGAUCUCUUGUCUUCGGGACAUGAGCAAUGCCUGUGGACUUAGAUUUUUAUUCUCACUUAUUUUUCAUCAAAUGCGAAUACAUUUGUCAACUCAUGUCAAUCUACCAUCUAAUUUUGUAUAUCAGGAUACUAAGCCUUCAGUACAUGGAGAACAAUCUAACAGGUCUCUUAAUCAAACAAGGUCGAGGGAUAAUGCAUCGGUUGGUAGGACAUCUCAGAGGGAGAGGACAAGUAAAGAACAUUCUAAUGAGCCAUCUCUUAAUGACGCCACCAGCCUUGGAAAUCAUUUGCCUGAAAAUGUGGAUAAAGAUGAUGGGGACAAUGACAAGGACAAUGAUUCCUCAAAGAGUUUUAGAGGCCGUGAUGAAUCAGAUUCCAAUGCGCACAGUUCAGAAAAACCUCAUGUCAAGGAAGCCAUUGCACGGAUGAAGUUAGACAUGGAGGAGAAUAGGUUCUACUAUAUACCACCUAUUGUCAAGAAGAAAAGACGACACAAUUAUCUUCACUAUGUGAGGAAGAUAGAUGAAGGUGCCUUGGAGUAUGUUGCUCAUGCUGAUUACUACAUCCUGCUUCGGGCUUGCGCUAGGGUCGCACAAGUUGACGUUCGGAUUAUGCAUAUUGGUGUGUUGAAGCUCGAAAGAAGACUUGCUUGGUUAGAGGAACAGAUCGACGAAUGCUUGCAGUUGAAACCAGAGAAAAUUUCGUGCAAGUUCUGCAGUGAUGCGGCCCCUGAAAAUGAAUCUGAGGAUGUACCUGGGCUGUCAGAUUUGGAUAUUUGAGAAUUAUUUUUCCUUGUUAUAGUUUAAAAAUCAAUGCUUCGUACACAUUUUGAUGGUUUCAACAUAACAGGACUUUCAAGAAGAGAAUAUGAAAGAGAGUGGCACCAGUCUUUCUCUUUCCAUUCCGCAGAGAAGAGAAAAAGAAAAGGUCGGGGAAGAAAUAAAGCACGAAGGAAGAAGGAGAAGAGGGUGGCGAUGACAACGACGGUCACCGAGAAGGAUGCUAGAUCGACAGAGAAAAGAAGAGGAAUGAGGUGACGGCGGUGAUGAAGGCUACUGCCGGGGAAGAAAUAAAGCACGAAGGAAGAAGGAGAAGAGGGUGGCGAUGACAACGACGGUCACCGAGAAGGAUGCUAGAUCGACAGAGAAAAGAAGAGGAAUGAGGUGACGGCGGUGAUGAAGGCUACUGCCGCUGUUGGAUCCAUAGAACUGCCUCUACCUCAGAACGCCGUUGUAGCCGUUCCUUCGCCGAUGGAUGCUGCAAAUAGAGGAUGCUUCAAAGUUCCACUGCUCCAUGGUAGAAAGUCAAUUAAAGCUCUUCUUCAUCCUUUUUAAUUUUCUCCACUGAAAACUGCCUCUGAAUCGAAUGCAAGAGAGCGAAAGCAAAUAGAGCAGUGAGGGAGAAAGAAGGAGGAAUGAGGCAAUGGCGGUAAUGGAGGCCACUGUGGAUGCUAGAUCUGCCACUGAAGAAGAAAGUCGUUCGAGAGAGGGGAGCUUCCAACGAGGCAUAUGCUACUCUGUUGUACGAUGAGGAAUCCUUAUAAUCCAGUCGGUGAAUGACAGCUUCAAGUUCCACUCCUCCAUGAUAUUGUAGAUUCAAGAACCAGUUUGGAGUUUUAUGUGAAGGUCACCAUUAUGCCAGAUUUAAGAAACAGAUUUACACGAAAGUCACCAUUAUGGACUGGGAUUCGGGAUUUGUUCAACCGCCUCUGAAUCGAAUGCGAGCGAAAGCAAAUAGAGCAGUAAGGGAGAAAGAAGGAGGUUAGAUUGAGAAAGAAAGGAGGAAUGAGUCAAUGACAUAUGCUACUCUGUUGUACGGUGAGGAAUUUUUUCUUGGGAAAUUGAUUUGCAACAGUAGAUCCAAGAAGGACACGUUUGUUGUGAUCUCGGAUGGAGUCUCUGAUUGCCUGCAACCUCCCCCAGGGAUUAAUUAAUGUGAAUUAUGAAUCAGAAGUGGAACACGAAUUUAUUUCUAUAUUUCGGAAGGGAUGGAGAGGUCCUUAUAUUGCUGUUUCUCUGGAUAGGGUUGUGGAUGUUGAUAGAAAUCUAGGAGAUGAAAAGUUGGUUACUGAUGGAUUUCAAGAACCCAUAGACAUGUUAGAAUCACUGACAUUAGAUUUUGAGGCCAGUGAAUUUGAGCAAUAGAACAUCUGAGGUGGUGAUUGUCUCUCAUGGAGUCUUUGAUUAUGCCAACAAUGUCCUCCAGGAACAAUUUCUCUGACAAAGCUCAAGGUGUGAAAUCUGUUGCAAUGUGCUCCGGCUGAAGUUGCACCUGCCAAAGCGUGGGAAUCAAACACAAGGCAUGUUUUCUUUCAAUUGCCAAGCCAGCAAGUUCAGUCAUGUCUACAUCAUCAGGCUUCAUCCUAUUGGGGAGUUGCCAAUUGAAAUGGUAAAGUAAGAGAGCCAAAGGAAGUGUAACGCUGGCCAACACCAAAAGUCAUGCCAGGGCAUAUUCUUCUUUCUGCCCCAAAUGGUAAAUACUCAAUUAUUCCCUUUGAAGUCCAAAGAACUUUCUUCAAAUCUCUCAGCCAUGAAUGUUGGUUGCUUCGGUGCAUUCUCUAGGGAUCAACAAUGGAGUUGAAUCAGAGGUCGCUGAUCUACGCUUUCGUUUCUCGCGGGACCGUGAUUCUUGCCGAGUACACUGAAUUUUCAGGGAACUUCAAUUCCAUCGCUUUCCAGUGCCUUUAGAAGCUACCCGCUACCAACAACAAGUUCACCUACAACUGUGAUAAUCACGCCUUCAAUUACCUUGUUGACAAUGGAUACAAUUUACAGGUUUAAAGAGAUUUUUCCUUUAAUUAUUUGGGUUGACAAUGUGGCCCAACGGCCCAAGGGUCCAAGAGAACAAAAAGAGGAAUACAAAAAAACGUCACCCCUUCCUUAGGCUGGAGCAAGGAACAGCAACAUCCGCGGUGUCACGGAUCAGGUUACUGGAGGCAAAUGGCGUACUAGAACGGCCGGCGCAUCCUAGCAUCUAAGCUCUCACGAGCUCUCUCUUCGUCUUCCUCUGCACCUGCAACUUUUUCUCGAUCUCGUUCUCGCUUGCCUUUUGUUCUGUUUGUCGCCAAAUGUCUGUUUGUAUUUGUAUUGUCCCCAAAGGUGUUGCUGCGAUGUGUCGAUGUUGCAUGGGAGGGACACCUUUAGUUGUUUCUUGAAAAAAUUUGAAAAGAAUAGCUUUCUUUGGUUUCAUUGUUGUUAUCCGACCUAUUUUGUAUGAUGUCCGAGUUCUUUUUGGUGAUGCAUCUUUCACUUUGCCUUUUUAGGGGUAGACUUUAUGUCUCGUUUGACUGUUUUCAGCAUGUCGACCCUUCCUUCUAGUCUUUUAGCCUGGGUAGAUACCAAUGUAUUGUCUUGUGUUCUUGCAGUGGAUAGGGAGUACUACGAGGCUUACUGUAGACAUCAUAGGAUUUGUGAGAAUAGGGAGGAUGAGAAAAAUUAUAAACUGGUAGCCUCCGAUCCUGAGGAGAGUGUUUUUUUUUCCUCCUUUAGAUAGGUUGGAGUGUCCUUUCUUUUAUGCUUAUGACUGCUUUUUUACCAAGCUAGGCACAUCCUUUCUUUUUACUGACUUUGAGACCGACUUCCUCUGGUCUUGUAAUGUGGCCUCUUCUCAGCUUCAUCCAAACUCUUGGGCUUUUCUAAAAAAUUUUCAGCUUCUAUGUCGAGAGCUGGAUGUCCCACCUUCCACUGAACUCUUUCUUUACUUGUUUGUUUUGACCAAGCCCGGGACGCUAAAAGGGAAGGCCUCUUGGUUUUCCUUCUGUGCCGUUCAGGAAAGGAAUGGGUUUUCUAUUUUUGAUGAGUCUUUCCAUGAUUUUAAAAAUACUUUUUUUUAAGGUCUGAGCUAUGGAGGGUGCCUAACCUUUCUUUUUGGAUGAAAAUGACGAGCCAACCUUUUCCCUAUUAUGGAAAAAGCACCUUGUAGUAAUCAAGUACACCAUAGAUAGUUUAAACGAGGUUGAAAAAGCCUUCGUGGAUGUGUUACACGAGUGUUGGGGCCGGGCUCCUCACUUGGACACAAAGAGGUUUUUAGGGGACCCUAGUCAACUUUGUUUCGAGUUAGAAACCAUGGCUUCCAAAACCUCGUCUAUGAAGUACCUUUGCAAAACCAAAAAGGAGGUGGUGGCUCAAAGUCUUCAAGGCCAAGAAAUAGAGGGUGCUUCCUCUCGACCUUCUCCCCAGAAAUCAGGUUCUGGCGCUGCUGCUUAGAGGAAGGUUAUCCUUACUCUGGUUGUUUGCUUAGUUUCUCCCGACCUGACCUUGGAGAGUUUGGGAACUCCAUCGCCUCAGGGACCUCCUCCUAAAAAAUAGAAGACCUUCGGAGGGUCUAGUAUUAAUGAUAUAGAGUUCGACGGGUUUUCCUGGAGUGAAAAGAAUAUCCUUCUUUACAGCCAGAUAGCCAUGGAUGAUGUGUCCAUUCAGCAUCAUGUUCCCCAUAUGACUAGUAACUGUAUUCGUAUGGUGGGGGUGAAUGCUUCUCUGGCUAAGGCUCUAAAAAAGACCCUUGUUCACGCUACUCAGGAAUUCCUUGACUCUACCUGGGCUUAGGUGGAGAGAGUGAAUGGUCUGAAGUCAGAGUUGGAGGAGGAGAAUGCCAAGUUGAAGUCGGAGCUAGAGUAGGCCCGUUCUCGAGCGGUGAAGGCUGAGGCCACGACGUUAUUAGCAGAGGAGAUAAAGAAGAAAAUCAAAGAGAGCUAUUUGCAAACUUACAGAGAGUUGAUGUGUACUGGGGAGGAAUUAAAGACGGCCCGAGAUGACCAUGCUGACCUUCAAGAGCAUGUGGUUGGGGGGAUGAAUGAGAUGUAUGAGAACCUAAAAGCGCAAGUUUGGAUUCUUGCCCCCGACCUAGAUCAUUCAUUAUUUAGCACGGAUAAUAUUGUUGUAGAUGGGAAGAUUGUGCCUGCUUUUGAGGAUGAAGAAGAGGAAUCUGUGCCCGAUUCGAAGGUUCAGACCGUUCGGGUCUCCCCUACUCCCGAGGUCCAACCCAAGGUCGUUAAUGUAGAGACUUUUUCUUCUUCCGAGACUAUCCCGAUAGUACUGGUCUCUAUGGUUCUCCCGACUCCUUCUGAUCUGGGAACGGAUGUUGCCACGGGCGAAGGGCUCAACUCGCUUUUUGGUGAGAAGCCUUAGACUCCUUUUUUAGAUGUAGGAAAGGACCCGACUUGUAGGGCUUAUGACAUUUAAUUUUUUUUCAAUAGUUGGUGGCUUUCUUAAACACUUUUACUCUUUAUUUUUAGUUUCUUCUACAACUUUAUGAAGUAAUGUUUAAAGUUAUUCUCUUUAUAUCUCAGAAAAAUUUUUCUGUA